AUGACGAUGGGAAAUAGCAGCCAAGAACACUAUCAGGUUGUUGUAGCGGUGAUGGAGAAGGUAAGUUCUUCUGUAGCACCGAUUCAGCAGCGGUUUCCCCAAAUCCAUCUUAUGAAAUCGGGAUCAUUUAAUAGGAAGGAUGUUCCUACCAACACCAUCAAUUUCUUCGUCGCUACAGCCUCUCCGACAAAUUUGUUUAUGACUUCAUUGAUGGGAGACACUGAUGGGAUGCAACUGUCAAUGUCUUUUGGAUAUCAGAUCACGAACCUUUCACAGAUCUUGUGA